UUUCAUUUCAAUCGCCCCGUAUUGCAGGGCCUCUAGCAGAGCAACAUGACCGCCAGAGCACCGGAGGUCUCCAACCAGACCCUCCGAGAAUAUCAGAGUACUAGAAUUCAUCACCAUAAUACCAACAUAAUCAAAGACAUGCCAAAGGUAGAGUUGCACGUCCAUCUCGAAGGGACGAUGACACCUGAGCUUCGGUGGGGGAAUGGAGCGAUUUUUCCAGUUAUAUUAUGGUGGUUUCAGUGUCCUGCGGGACGAGCAAGACUUGUACCGCCUGGCAAUGGAUUAUUUUCGGAAGGCCACUGACAUGAACAUCCGCUACUAUGAGCCCUUCUUCGAUCCUCAAGGCCAUACGCGGAGGGGUGUUUCUUUCCAGGCAAUGAUGCAUGGGUUCCGAAAAGCUCAGUCUGAGGCUGCCACAGACCUCGAAGUUGAACAGGAUCUCCUCAUGUCGGUGACAUCUGUCUAAAGGUUAUGAUAGGUCCAGUCUCAGUGGGUAAUGUGUAUGUUGCGGGAUAUGUCCCCGGAGUCUGCCACGGAGCAUUACGUCCAGGCAAUCCCAUACCGCGACGUGAUCAUCGGGAUCGGAUUGGACUCCUUAGAAGUCGAUCGACCACCGUUACUUGUUCGAGAAUGUUUUCCGCCGCGCUCGCGAGGAUGGCUUCAAAACUACCGGCCAUUGUGAUGUGGGCGACAAGGACACACUCAGAAAUAUUGGACAAGUAGUUGAGCAGCUGGGUGGAAGCGGGGCGGACAGGGUUGAUCAUGGGUUACAUGCCGCCGACUACUCUAUCAGACAUACGAAAGGGACAUUGCAGUUUCAUCCGACAAAUGAGAUGGGCCGCACUGGACCAGUCGAGCCUGUGGAGUGGCGUUUGACCCUCAAUCUUGUUUAUUUAUCUUUUAUUUUUAUUUGUUUACCAUUGUGGCUCUAUACUGGAGUAGUGCAACAUUACUGUCCAGGAGACUGGUGUUUGGCCAGGCUGGGUUAGGUUAAUGGGUUCAGGGAUUCCGAAUUACUAGAUGAUAGCUAGAUUA